GAAAAAUUCGAGUAAUAGAAAGAUAAAAAAGAAAGAACAAUAGAGCGAAAAAUCAGGCACCACUCUCACUCGCUGCAUCUCUUUCUUCUUCCCCUUUCGAUCUGUUCUUCUUCUCGGUUUUCUCUCUCACACAGUCACACAGUGGGUUUCGGAACCCUAACCCUAGAUCGUUGGAUUUGAUAGGGACAUAGAGAUUUAGAUUUGUAAUUGGGGGUGAUGGCGUCUAUAAAAGUGGUGAACAGAUCGGCCUGCGCGGCGUUCGCUCCGGAGGGGCCGUAUUUGGCAGCCGGGACGAUGGCGGGGGCGGUGGAUCUGCAAUUCAGCUCGUUGGCGAAUCUUGAUAUCUUCGAGCUGGAUUUUGCGUUGGAUGAUCGGCAAUUGGUCUUAACUGGCUCCGCUCCGAGCACGGAGCGGUUCAAUCGGUUGUCUUGGGGGAAAGGGCCGUCGGAUUCUGAGGAAUUUUCGCUCGGACUUAUCGCUGGUGGACUUGUCGAUGGGAACAUUGGACUGUGGAAUCCAAAGCGUCUGAUCUCUGCUCAAUCAGGUAAUAGAAGCUCCGAGGCAAUUGGUGCUUUUCUUUGCCAUCUUUCAAGGCAUAGAGGGCCUGUUCGAGGACUGGAAUUCAGUACUCAUACUCCAAAUCUGAUUGCUUCUGGAGCUGAUGAAGGUGAUGUUUGUAUAUGGGAUGUUAUUAACCCAACCGAACCCACUCAUUUUCCUCCUCUCAGGGGUAGCUCGUCUGCCACUCAAGGUGAAAUAUCGUUUUUAUCAUGGAACUGCGUAACUUCGCACAUAUUGGCCUCAACUUCAUACAAUGGCACAACUGUGGUUUGGGAUCUGCGGAGGCAAAAGCCAGUGCUAAGUUUCGCUGAUUCAGCUAGGAGACGAUGCUCUGUUUUGCAGUGGAAUCCUGAUGCUGCAACUCAACUAAUUGUUGCUUCGGAUGAAGAUAGUUCACCAUCUCUGAGGCUCUGGGAUCUGCGGAAUGUAAUGUCUCCCAACAAAGAAUUGGUGGGGCACACAAAAGGUGUGAUUGCAAUGUCUUGGUGUCCCAUUGAUAGUUCUUAUGUGCUUACCUGUGCCAAAGAUAACCGCACUAUCUGCUGGGACGUUGGAUCUGGAGAGAUCAUUUCUGAGUUGCCAGCUGGAACAAAUUGGAAUUUUGACAUACACUGGUAUCCUAGGAUACCAGGGGUUAUAUCAGCAUCUUCUUUUGAUGGAAAGAUUGGGAUUUAUAACGUAGAGGGCUGUGGCCGAUAUGGGACUGGGGAAGGUGAUUUGAGCACAGCACCUUUAAAGGCACCAAAAUGGUACAAGCGUAAAGCCGGAGUUUCAUUUGGAUUUGGUGGCAAGCUUGUUUCAUUUAACUCUACCGAGGCUCCAGCUGGAUCGUCAGAGGUUUAUGUGCACAGCUUGGUCACGGAGCAUAGUUUGGCAACCCGUUCUUCUGAAUUUCAAGCUGCCAUACAAAAUGGGGAGAGGUCUUCUUUGAGGCUUUUGUGUGAAAAGAAAUUUCAAGAAUCAGAAUCUGAGGAUGAGAAAGAAAUAUGGGGUUUCUUAAAGGUUAUGUUUGAAGAUGAUGGGACAGCACGAUCAAAUUUGCUGUCCCACCUUGGUUUCAGUCCCCCUUCUGAGGAAACAGACGCAGUUGAGAAUCAUAUUUCUGAGCAGGUGAAUGCUCUCGAUCUCAAUGAGAGUGGAAAAGAUAAGGAUGGAUUUACUACAACUAAGGAAACUGUCAUGUAUGCCAAUGAUAAUGGGGAGGAUUUCUUUAACAAUCUUCCAAGUCCCAGAGCUGAUACACCAGUUUCUACUUCCGAGAGCAAAUUUAUAGGUGGUGAUUCUGUACCUGUUGAGGAAGGAUCUCAACAAGAAACGGAACAGGAGGAUAUUGAUGACUCAUCAUUUGAUGAUGCUGUUCAACGUGCUUUGGUUGUUGGCGAUUACAAAGGGGCAGUUGCACAAUGCAUAUCUGCAAGUAAAAUGGCAGAUGCAUUGGUUAUUGCUCAUGCAGGUGGUUCUGCAUUGUGGGAGAGUACUCGCAAUAAAUAUCUUAAAACAAGCCAUUCUCCUUACCUGAAGGUUGUUGCCGCGAUGGUCACCAAGGACCUCACGAGCCUUGUGAGUAUGAGGCCUUUGAAAUCCUGGAAAGAAACAAUUGCUCUUCUCUGCAGUUUUGCACAGCCAGACGAGUGGACGUUUCUAUGUGAUACACUAGCUUCCAGACUCAUGGCUGCUGGUUAUACGCUUCCCGCAACACUGUGUUUUAUAUGUGCUGGAAAUAUUGACAAAACAGUUGAAAUUUGGUCGAGAAUUCUGGCUAGCGAGCAUGAUGGAAAAUCCUAUGUUGAGCUUCUUCAGGAUUUGAUGGAAAAGACGGUUGUCCUGGCUUUGGCAACUGGGCAGAAGCAAUUUAGUGCUUCUAUCUACAAGCUUAUUGAAAAGUAUGCUGAAAUAUUGGCUAGUCAAGGCCUUUUAAGUACAGCAAUGGAGUACUUAAAGCUCCUUGGCACUGAGGAAUUGUCUCCAGAGCUUAAAGUGCUACAAGAUCGUAUUGCAUUAUCCAUUGAACCAGAUAAAGAUGUACAACAGCCUGAACCUGGACCCGUUCAUGGAUUUGAUCAACCAAGUUAUGGUGGUGUUGAUGCAUCUCGCAGUUUUUAUCCGGAGCCAACUCCACCACAGCUUCAGGCUAGUGUUCCUAGCAGUCCAUAUGCUGACAACAACUAUCCACAGCCACUUGCUUCAUCAUUUUCAAGGGGUUACUCUCCAGCUCCCACAUAUCAGACUACUCACCAGCCCAGCAUCCAGCAGCCCAACAUGUUUAUGCCAUCUCAGGUUGCGCAACCUUCCCAGGGUAACUUUGCUCCACCACCUGUUAAUACUCAGCCACCCUUGAGACCUUUUGUUCCUUCUGACACCCCUAUGUUGAGAAAUGUGGAGAAGUAUCAGCAGCCAACGCUGGGUUCCCAAUUAUAUCCUGGGCCUGCUAACCCUAAUUAUCAGGUUGGUCCCCAGAUGGUUCGUCCACCUCCAGUACAGAAGAUGCCUCAGGUUGUGGCUCCUAGCCCAGCAUCCAGAGGAUUUGUGCCAAUUAGUAAUUCAGGAAUUCAAAGACCUGGAAUGAAUCAAAUACAGCCUCCUAGCCCUAACCAGGCAGCUCCAGUUCAAACACCAGUAACCUCUCCUGGACCCCCACCCACAGUCCAGACAGCUGAUACUUCUAACGUACCUGCUCAACAAAAGCCUGUGAUCGCAACUUUGACUAGACUGUUUAAUGAGACAUCAGAAGCUUUCGGAGGGUCACGGGCUACUGCAGGCAAGAGGAGGGAAAUUGAGGAUAAUUCGAGGAAGUUGGGUGCCUUAUUUAUGAAACUAAAUAGUGGUGAUAUAUCAAAAAAUGCCGCUGAGAAGCUUAUUCAGCUGUGUCAGGCACUGGACAAUGGUGAUUUCAGUACUGCCCUUCAAAUUCAGGUACAGCUUACGACAAGUGAUUGGGACGAAUGCAACUUCUGGCUAGCAACACUGAAACGUAUGAUAAAAACAAGGCAGAACUUUAGAUAAACUACUACUACGGGCAUUAGUUAGAACGAGGUUUGCUUCCUUCAAAGUUUGGGAUCAUCCAAUGUGUACACAAGGCUGGCAUCUUAGAUUGUGAUGGUGUCAGGGUUUUGGUUCAUUCUUAUCUCUGUUUAUCCGAAACAUCUGACUUCAAAUUUCUUGCUAUUCUUGAAAGCAGUUAGAGAUGAUAGUUCCCAGGAUAGCAGUGGAUUGGUUGAUUGUUUUUCCAUUUAUAUGAGAUAUAUGUUAGUUUUGAUAUAGAUCUGGCUUUCGUCAAAUGUGCUUGAGCUGUAAUUUUGCCCCAAGUCAAUAUUCUCAAAGAGCAAUGAAUGAUUGGCAUCUAAGAUUUUGCCUCGUGGUUUUGUAGGAGGCGGUUAAUUUGUACGCUCACCAAUGUUUUCAAGCUUAAUAAGUAAAACUUUUUUUCUUGGUUGA